GUGAUUGUAAGUGUUUGAGCAUCUGCUAAAUGAGCUCCAUUGACUCCUUCAGUGAAGCCGCUCCACAGCCGUUCAUGAGAGUUUAAAUGCUGGAGAAUAUUCCCAUCUUCCCACAGCUGAAGAAGAAGCAAGCAGGAGGAAUUACUCCAGGAGAAACUACUGACAUACUGUUGGAAAGAUGGAGUUUGAGGAAGACCCCUGCAGAAUGAGAGAUGAAGAUACAGAGGAACAAACAGAUGAAGAUGGAAAAGCUAUCAUUUCACAGACUGAAAAAAAACGAGCUGGAAAAACUGGAGUCCAUGGAGGUUCUUUUGCCUGCACAGAGUGUGGAAAGAGUUACACACGUAAACCAGAACUUAACAGACACAUGAGAGUUCACACUGGAGAGAGGCCUUAUACAUGCACUCAGUGUGGAAAGAGCUUCAUUGAUAAAGGACACCUAAAUGAUCACAUGAGAAUUCACACUGGAGAAAAACCAUUUGCAUGCACUCGGUGUGGAAAGAGUUUCAUACGUAAAUCACAACAUACGACACACAUGAGAAUUCACACUGGAGAGAGGCCUUAUACAUGCACUCAGUGUGGAAAGAGCUUCAGAGACAGAAGCGUUCUCAAAGAGCAUCUGCAUUCUCAUUCUGGAGUGAGAUCAUUCAGCUGUGAUCAGUGUGAUAAAACAUAUGUUUUGGCAUCACACUUAAGAACACACCUUAAAAUUCAUGCUGCUGUGAAACCUCACGUUUGCUACUGUGGGAAGAGCUUUAUUACGUAUAGCAACAUAAAAAAACACCAGAGGAUUCACACUGGAGAGAAACCUUACAAGUGCUCACACUGUGAGAAGACUUUUGCUGAUUCAUCAACCUUGAAAAAACAUACUGACCACCUUAAAAUUCAUGCUGGUUUGAAGCCUCAUGCUUGUUCUUAUUGUGAAAAGAGUUUUACACGUCUGUACACUUUAAAAGUCCACCAGAGUAUUCAUACUGGUGUGAAACCUCAUGUGUGCUUUAACUGUGGGAAAAGCUUUGCUACAACCAGCGACUUAAAAAAACACCAGAGGAUUCACACUGGAGAGAAACCGUACAAGUGCUCACACUGUGAAAGGAGUUUCACUGAUUCAUCAACCUUGAGAAAACAUGAGAGAGUUCAUGCUGGAGAAAAGCCGUACCAGUGCUCUUCAUGUGGGAAGAGUUUUGUCUCAUCAUCUAGUCUACAGGCUCAUAUAAAAAAGCAUUGCCCGAAGUCGUCUAAGUGAGCAAAGUUCACAUUCAGAUGCAUGACUUACAAGUAAUUUGACAUUCAGAUUAAGAAAAAGAUGGAAUUUGUUUGAAUAUAGUAAUUUAAUCUAAUAGGGUGAUUUGCUAAUAUUAGUAGUGAAGUUUGAAUCUGGUGGCAGUUUGGUCAAGCAUUGUCCUUCUCUUUUCAGAACCACAGUAACAUGAUUUACAUGAUUCAG